GUAACAGGGCUUCUAGCGGACACCCAAAGAUCAUGGAAGCGACAAAGAUUGAUCACUUCUUCGACGUACAACGCCAAAUGCACUCCGUAGUUCAGAAGAGGGCAAACUUUGAACGAAAUGCUGGUAACAAGCUAAUUCACGUUAAACUGAAGGGCCACGAAGACAUAGCAAACGAGUUUAAACGAUUGGCUAGGUUAAAAAUGAGUGGAACGUAUUAUGCGGUUAAGGAAGCUCAGAUGCAAUCGUUGAUUACAAUGGAUGAAAUACAGCCUUCUAAAGAAGUGCAGAGAAGAAUUGAAGGAACUGAGAGAGAAAUCUUUGGACUUCUGUCAGCAGAAAAUGCAAAAUCCGAAGUUGCAGGAGUAAACAAGCUCAUAGAAAUAAACAUGUCCAACUGUCUAAAGGUUUUGAAAGAGAGAAACGACCAACUGAAAGCAAAACUCAGCGAAUUGUGUAAAGUUGAAACGGAGUUCGGGAAGAACGAUCACUACACUGGGGAUGGGUUUUUGAAACGAGAUGUUGGCACAAGAGAUAAUCUAUUGGCAGAAAAGAAACAGCUUGAAGAGAAAUUGAGCAAUCUUGAGAAAGAUGUACAGCAGUCCACAGCGAGUUUAGAGGAGAGCAAUAUGCAGCUUACUGAGGCGGAGUCCAAGGUAGAAACUUACAAAGGAGCGGUUACCAACAAACGAAAGGAGAUACAGAAACAGAACUACGCGUCCGCGGAUGCACGUGCUCAAUCUUCUGCAAAUCGGGAUCUCAGAAAUGAAGCCCUUUGUAGGGUUUUGCUACAGAGGAAAGCACUGAAGCUCGAAUCCAAAGAGGAUCUGAGAGUAGAAGCAUCCCACUCCCUCCAUUCAAGGAGAGAAGAUAUUGAAAAAGAUUUGAAUGAGAAGAGUGAGAAACUGAGGAUGUUGAAACUAAAGGAAGCUGAACUAGAUGCCAUGGAAAAGGCGCUUGAUGAGUCUCAGCAGACGAAGCAAGCUCAGCUUGAAGAGGCGAAAGAGGCUAACAGUGUCCUUGACGAGAAAGUAGCAGGCAUCAGAGAAUGUAACGCUCGAGUAGCACGUGACUUGGAGACAUGUCUCGAGGACGUGACCAACUCCAUGGACGUGAACUGCACCGUCUGGAGGGACCGAGCUCUCAAGAACAUAUUCGACGCAGGAGCACUCGACGUUGCUAUUCUUAAAAACGUGGCAUUCUCCAACAAGGACAAGUACAAGUUCCCUCAGGAACAAUACCAGAUCGUUCAGUCACUGAAACCGGAGCUGGGAAUGUUGCAGGGUGGUGUCGAGAACUUGCAGGACAAGAUAAAGAACCUCACCUCGGAGAUAGAGGGCCUGAACAACAAGGAGAAAACUAUUGCCAAACAGCGCGAGUUGAACCACAAAGAGUUUCAAAAUACCGAACAUGUUGUGUCCCGAACCACCGGUAAAUUAGCAAGGUUUGAACAGCUCCUCAAGUCUACCACUAAAACUACAGAGAACCAGCUAGAGCGUCUGGCUGAACUCCUUCCAAAAACGAACAUUCUGGAGACAAUGGAGGCGACUAAGAAACUCAACCUAUUAGGACCCAUUCUGGAGAGGGUUGAAGGAUCGACUGAACCUGAUGAUGUUCUCAAGCAGUAUCACACGAUGAGAAAGGAAAUAUUGGAGAAGCCCGAGAAAUACGCACCUGCAAUGGCUUUCGAGUUUCUUCAGAGGGAAAUGAUGAUACAAAUAGCAUUAGAAGAGAAACUUAAUCGACAACUUGAACGUCUAUAAACUCAAUAUAGUAGGUAGUGGACAGAUAUAUACGACUCAUAACAUACGUCGUGUCUUACAUUAUUCUUUCCAUAACUUCUUAAACAUGUAAUAUGUUGGACAUUAAACCUUAUCAUUAUAUUUAAGAAAUAAAUGCAUCACUUAUAGAUAAUAUCAUACUUUUCUGUUUUUUUUGUAUUGUUAGUAACUAAAUUUGUAAGUUG